AUGCCGAUUCUGGUGACAGAAUCUGUCGAUGAUAGUGAUAUCAAUGACGAAGAUUCUAGUUCUGAGGAUGGAGAUCGUAUACAAGAAAAGCUUAAGUUUAAAAAGAAAACGGUUUAUUUCUUAACAUGGGCCAGAAUUCUACAGUUGAGGGCUUUUCGCGACGUAUUGGCUGACGGUUUACAAAUGCAUUUUCUCGAAAAUGAACUGCUUCAAGCAAUUUUUGAAUAUGUACCUCCGCCUACUUUAGAUUCUUCGCGUAGUAGACCAGAUCCCGAUUUUAACACUGGCUCUGAUACAGACACUUCAGUUUCAAAGAGAAAGACAAAGGGUAAACAAGCGAAGAACAGGAGAGAGGAAAUAGACCACUUACCUCUUAUCAAGAC